AUGGCGGGUGGGCUACCGUCCGGUACUCCGGGCAGCAGGUCGGCUUUCGAGUCCAUCAUGCUGCUGCUUGCUGCUGGCAUUGGUUCUGGUGUCAUGGUGCUCCCUCGAGCUAUGGCAGCUGUGGGGGUCCCCUUGAUGACAUUGAUGUUUGUCUUCGGCUGGUUGAUCUCGUCCUUGACGACAUGGAUUCUCUUUCGUGCCGUGGCAGACUCGAGGAGCCAACCUGAGUCAAUCAUGACCAUCUCAUCCCGGCUCCUCAGCGGCUCGACACCCAACAUGCUCGGCCUCAUCUCGCCCCAGGCGCUGGGCUCGGAGCUGGACCCGCAUGAUCCGCACGAUCCGCAUGCCCCGUUUCUGUCACCUGGAGGGGGUGCACACAGUGUGCUGGAGCGGAAGCGGAGCACGUCCGUCUACGACUACAAAGACCGCAAGCGCACGAAAGAGACGGCUCGACCGACCUUGUCCUUGCCUUUGCCUGGGCCUUCCUACGGAGACUUGCUGGCAAUGGUGUGGAUUCCGAAGAUGAUGGUUUUCUUGGACUUAGUGCUGCUAGUACACCAGCAGCUGGCUUUGACAGUCUACUUCUUGUUCAUUUCUCAGUUUGUGGCCAAGCUUCCGUACCUUUCGGACUGCCCUCGAGACCUAUUCAUCCUGCUCAUCUCGGUGCCAGCCACGAAGCUGGCGCAGCUAGAGUCGAUUGGAGGUCUGGCAAGGUUUGCAAGCAUCAGCCCAGCCGUUCUGCUGUUCAUGAUGUGUGGAAUCUUCUGGCGAUGGCUUUUUCCGGACAACAUGGCCCCGGCAGACUUCUCGCAUGGGCCAGAUCCGGCAACGGCUCCCGCAGUGAUGUGCAUUGCAGUUUUCUCGUUCAUGUGGCACACGAAUUGUGUCACUGUGGCGCGUGAGCUACAAGAUCCAUCACCAACCCGAUGUUGUUUGGUGGUUUUCGUGUCGACAACAGUGUUGCUUGCAGCAUACACCUCACUGGCGUUUUUUGGCUACGAGACGUUUGGCCAGAGACUCCGGACAGUCCCCACCAUCAUGAUGCUGUAUUCUGCGAACGAUCCUAUUUUCAUGGUUGUGCGCUUCUUGCUCUCGAUAUCUCUCUUCGUGGCUAUACCACUCAACGUAUAUCCAGUUCGCGAGUCCGUCCUGAGCCUGAUAAGGCAUAACUUCCCCAAGUACCUUGACCGCGUCGUAAAUCACCAGGACUUUCUGAGCAGCAUUCUUGUGGUGCUCCCCGCCAUCCUUGCGAUUAACUUUCCUGAUGUGACGCAGAUCAUCACGGUGAUCGGAGGUUCGCUCGUGUCAUUUUUGAUGAUCGUCUUUCCUGUUUUCAUCGGGGAGCUCGUUCUGCCCAUGUGGGUAGUGUGGAUAUUGCAAGCACUUGCGGUUGUGUUGGUUACGUUUUUGAUUACGGCUUCCCUUGGUCUGUAUGGAAAGCCUGUAUAG